GAGUAGGAGGUCCGUUUCGACCUGCGUUCGGAGGAGGAGGAGCGCAGUACGGCAACGGCGGUGGUGGCAAUGGUUACGGUGGCCCACCAAACCCACAUGCAUUGAAGGCUGGAGGAUAUGGCCAAGGGGCAGGAGCUGCGCUUCCUUCAAGAACAGCUGGCCCUGGGGGGUACGGUCAGGGGGGCGGUGGACCUGGGGGGUACGGCCCAGGGGCAGGAGGUUACGGUCCAGGGGGAGCAAAGGUCGGUAAUGGUGCAGGCGCAGGCAGGCCCAAUGGAUACGGUCCAGCGAUCGGAGGGCCAGGCGCAUUUGUACCCAGGGCAAGGCCAAGUGUAUACGUUGCUGCGCCAAGUAGAGCGAAUGGAUAUGGUCCAGGCGGAAGCAAAGCUGGUGGUCCAGGAGCUGGGGGACCUGGGGGUUAUGGUCCAGGAGCUGGAGGACCUGGUGGCUAUGCACCAGCAGCAGGAGGGCCUGGUGGCUAUGCACCAGCAGCAGGAGGGCCUGGUGGCUAUGCACCAGCAGCAGGAGGGCCUGGUGGCUAUGCACCAGCAGCAGGAGGACCUGGUGGCUAUGCCCCAGCAGCAGGAGGACCUGGUGGCUAUGCACCAGCAGCAGGAGGACCUGGUGGUUUUGGCCCGGCCGCAAGUAAAGCUGGUGGUUAUGGUCCAGGAGCUGGGGGACCUGGUGGUUAUGCACCAGCAGCAGGAGGGCCUGGUGGCUAUGCACCAGCAGCAGGAGGGCCUGGUGGCUAUGCACCAGCAGCAGGAGGACCUGGAGGCUAUGCACCAGCAGCAGGAGGGCCUGGUGGCUAUGCACCAGCAGCAGGAGGAGCUGGUGGAUUUGGCCCAGCAGCAAGCAAAGCCGGUGGUUAUGGUCCAGGGGCUGGAGGACCUGGUGGCUAUGCACCGGCAGCAGGAGGACCUGGUGGCUAUGCACCGGCAGCAGGAGGACCUGGUGGCUAUGCACCGGCAGCAGGAGGACCUGGCGGUUAUGGUCCAGCAGCAGGAGGGGCUAAUGGAUAUGGCCCUGGGGCUAGUAAAGCGGCAGGAGGACCUGGCGGUUAUGCACCAGCAGCAGGAGGACCUGGACAGUCUGGUCCAGGGGCAGGAGGACCAGGCGGGAAUGGGGCUGGAGGUAAGCCUAACGGACAUGCCCCAGCAGCCGGUGGCCAACCUGGCUUUGCACCAAGGCCUAGCGCAUUUGGUCCAGGGUCAGGGGGACCUGGAUCUUAUCCAGGAGCAGGAGCUGGUGGAUAUGGACAAAAGGCAUCUGGCUAUGCCCCAAGGGCAGGGGGACCUGGUGGUUAUGCUCCAGCUGCGAGGAGGCCAAAUGGCUAUGCCCCAGCGGUAGGGAGGCAAAACGGAUAUGGACCGGCGGCAGGGAGACCUGGAUAUGGUCCAAGUUCAGGAGGAGCUGGAGGACCUGCCCCAGGUGACCAGAAACCAGC